CUGCAGCAGCAGUCCCCUCACUUCCUUUGCCACAGUAGUUGUUGAAGGGAAGAACAGGCUCUGCAUCAGCCCAUCUGUCUCCAGACAAACCAAAAGGCAACUCUUCCUGCAAGACCAGACAUGGCUCCAAGGGGUGAUGGCAGACUCUUCCUCUCCAUCCUUUUCAUCGCUUGUUACUGCACAGUGACGCUGGCACAGGUGCCCGUUGACUGCUGCUUGAGUGUGGCAAAAAAACCUAUCGGGAAAGGUCUCGUCAUAAACUACCACCAUCAGGUCCAGGGACAAGGCUGCGCUAUUGAUGCCACAAUAUUUCUGUCCAGAGGUGGCCGGGCAUUGUGCGCCCCCGUUAAUGAAAAGUGGGUGGAAGGUCUGAAACGCCACGUGGAUCAGCUGAAGAAAUCCUGCAAGAAACAAAACUACACGGGCAAACGCUGCACUGGAGUGAAACCCUAGUGAAUCAAACGUUGACCCUUCAGCCAGAGCAGUGGUUCCAAGUCAGCGAGGAGAAAGAUGGGAUUGACCACAACAUGAAUAAAUUAAGAAUUUAAGCUUAAUAUGAAAAUGAUCAGCUAUUUUUCUGCCUACUAAAACAAUAUCUUGCCUUUUUUUUAUGUAACUAUCAAUUUUAUGAAAGACAAAAUAUUUUGAAGGACGUUAUGUUUUGUAUUCUGUGUGUUUUGUUUUAUAAGGAAAAGGUUUGUGAUAUCGGUACAUGAAAAAACUGAAAAUGUGAUUGUUUGUUUAGUGUCUGGUUCACUAAGCAACUUAAAACUCAGGAACAAGCAGUUUGUUGGUCAUAUGGAUUUAUGUGAGUGUUGAUAUUAUCAAAAUAAAGCUUCCCCCCCAAAAAAUCCAAAUCGUGCCUGUUCUUUGUCGAUGAUGCUCUACUCUCUGUUAAGACUGAAAAUGAGUAAAUGACCUUCACUACAAUGCUAUAAUUCAUCUUACUGUAGGUAUAUAUUCAGACCCUGGCUUAUUUAGCUUUACAAUAGGGGCUGAACCCAUGUUCAUAGAUGUGUUCAUAGACAUCUGUGUGGAAAAUAUUUGCCCCUUCUUUAUUUCUUUGCAUAUUUGUCACAUUAACAUGUUUCAGAUCAUCAAAGAAAUGCUAUUGUUGCAC